AUGAUUUUGUUUUGUUUUCUGUGUGCGAUCGCGACAGCGAAAGGCGAGGAGCAGGUCCCUCUGGUCGCCUGGGCCAGUGAUGGGUUUGCCUUGUCUCCUGUGAGUGCUCCAUCAGCGGGUCACACUGUGUCUGUGGAGGAGCUGGAGUCACACCUGAACACAGCGCUGAGCACUGUGCCACAUAACCUGCUGCUCUUCCUGCAGGAUAGAUUGAGUGUCGAUGACUUCACAUUGUAUGGAGGAGUCUUUGGAAACAAACCGGAUAGUGUCUUCCAAAAUCUUGAGGUAUCGGCUCUGCUGUCCUCCUCCUCCUUGUGGUUGCCAUCGGUGUCAUCGUCCGCCACUGCUUUGGUUUCUACACUGCUCCAGAACCAGAUUGAUGCGGCUCCUCUCUACAUGAACCCAGACACGCUUGCUCAAAUGCGCCUCAAUGCUUCUGUUGCUGCCUUGCUGGUCUUCCGCCUCCCUUACAGCGGCGGUGAUAUGAUGUCUACUAAAGAAGUGCUCAGCGGAAACGAUGAGGUGAUUGGUCAGGUGCUGAGCAUCAUGAAAGCUCAGUCUGUGCCAUAUACCGCAGUGUUUACUGCACUUUGGCCCUCAAGGGUGAUAGAGGAGGUGGCUCCAGCUGUGCAGUCUGUCUGGUCACGAUCCCUAUUGCAGUCCCGUCGUGAGGAGCCUACCGCUACGAACCCGCCUUUGGAGUUUAAGGAGAAGGGCUCCACCUGCAUCCUCUUGUGGGCGGAGAAGCUGGUGGUCAGCCAGUAUCGCUCAGAAAAGUGGGAGAGGCAUGACCUUGCCCCCAAAACCUUCGGUGAAGAUGUGGAACCCAACCUGUCUGGAUCAUCCUGCAAUGAGACUCACUCCCUGUUGGUUCUGAAUUAUGAAGACGUCUUGAAUUACCGUUCUUUUAAACUCAUUUUUGUAAUGAACCGCCGUCACUAUAAGGUUUCUGCCCGCCAUUGGUUCACCAUGGAUCUGGUUCAUCUGGAGUAUGAUGGGAAAACUGCCACGUUCAAUGGCAGCCGUUACAUCUAUGCCCCGGCUGAGUACUCGUACCGCUGUGAGUCCGUGAGCAGUUCUCGCUACCCUCAGCUGUCACCCCACUCGGACAAGGACAAUGCCAAUGACUGGCAGAUCUCUUUUGAUGACUUCCAGAUCCAGGGCUUUAAUGUGGGUGGGAAGGAUUUCUCUUACGCCAGUGACUGUGCUAGUUUCUUCACUCCUGGUAUCUGGAUGGGGCUCGUCACAUCUCUUCUCAUGGUGCUGGCUCUCACUUACGGCCUGCACAUGAUCAUGCAGCUGCGCACCAUGGACCGCUUCGACGACCCCAAGGGUCCUGCCAUCUCUGUUCCCCAGACGGAGUAAAAGACACAGAGCCAGUUUCCUUUCUCAUCCUCACAUCACUAGUGUUUACUUUGGUUAUUGAUUUUGCAAAUGUUAAUUUCUUGUUAUUACAUGUC